CUUCUCUCAACCAAGGGAACAAGGAAUCCUCGAGUUCCAUUGCAGAUAAAGCGAUUAUCUGACCCAAGAAAACAGUUCUAUGCUGUUCAGGACUUACCUUUGAAAAGAAGUUUCUGGAGUUACAAUCUCGAGAAAAUGGGAGCCAAGAGUUACGCAUGUAAUUGCAUCAACCAACGAAAAUGGAGCCUGCAAAAGGACACUCAAAUUCAUGAUGGGGAUCCUGGAGGGGAAAUGGAUUCUGAGCAUUGAUUGGAUCAAGGCCUGUAUGAAAGACAGAGAAUAUGUAAGCGAGGAGCUAUAUGAGAUUUCCAUUGAUGUACAUGGAACACGACAAGGACCUUUUACUGGAAGACAAAGAGCUUUGAACAAGGAACCAAAACUUUUUAGUGGGCUGAAGUUUUACAAUCGAGAGCCUGGAUUGAUCUCUCUGUUCCAAGAAGUUUCAAAACAAGGUUUGGUCUGUUCCAAAUACUGCAUCAGAAGCAAGCUACAGCCGAGAAACCAAGUUCAUAAGACCAUAUUAUUAGAAAGUAAUCAUAUUCUAUGUAACAGUAUUGGAAAAAGAGUAACUUACUUUGAUCAUUCCUGCAGCACCUCCCUCGCUGUGAUUUGAAAAAGAUAAAAGGGUUCGUGAUUGAUUUGAAAUUGGAGAUAAAGACGAAAUUGGAUUAAUAUUUAUCCCAAAAUGAAACUCUCUUCGUUUUUUUUCUUUACUGUAAUAAAUUACUCACAUUGAUUUUUUCCCAUAUAAGCCAUAACAUCUUCAUA